AUGUCUGAGGGGUGCUUUACUUUCCUCCUCAACUGCCUAUGCUUUGAUGACUUUAAUACCAGAGAACAGCGAAGAGGAACGGACAGGUUUGCCCCAAUCAGGAAGGUGUGGGAUACUUUCCUCUUGGCCUGUGGAACCCGUUAUAUCCCACAUGAGUUCCUGACUGUUGAUGAGCAGUUGCUUGCCUUCCGUGGCCGCUGCCCCUUUUGCAUGUACAUCCCAAAUAAACCAGCGAAGUAUGGCACCAAGAUCAUCAUGGUAAAUGAUGUCAAGGGCAAGUACAUGCUUUCAGGGAUCCCCUAUCUUGGGAAGCAGAGGAUACAGGUGACAGACAGGCAAAACCUUGGCCACUCCUUCACCAAGGACCUGACACAGUGCUACCACAACACCAACAGGAAUGUAACAACUGACAAUUGGUUCACCUCUGUGCCCUUCAUCCAGGUUCCAGUGCCUUCCUGUUCACGAAGGACAUGA